GUGUUUCUAUAGACGAACACGGGGUUUACUCGCUGAGAGUCCACGCAGACGUGAUUAUCCGUCCUCGGUUUGUUGAAAUAAUCCACAUGAGAACAAUAAAUGUAUCAUUUCCUGCCGUGACGUACCGACAGUGUUUGUUUCAGUAAAACUUCACCGCGCUCCCUGCCCUGUGCGCGCUCCCGACGCAGGGGAUGGGGGGAUACCCUAGCUUGGCACGGCAGUCCUAGAUACUCGUCAUUAAGGUUAAAGGCUGUUUCUACACUCGCUUCUAUAGUUACAAGGCAGAUGUGUGUUGCUUGUCUGUUGGACAUGUUUCCUCAGGUUGGACAUAGACCGCAUAUUUUGAGUAAACAGUGAAACCGGUUUGUGGAGGUUCCUUCCUCCAGGUGCAAUGCUGUCCGACAGGUUUAUUAUUUCCUGAUCCUCUCAGCGCAAUAAAGUGCGCAAUGAAGUGGAAUAACUAUUAGCUCUGUUUUUGGUGAAACCAAGAGAAAUCCGUUUGUUUUUCUUCAAGAAAGCUUUGACAGAUGGAACAAACUGGAGCCAAAUGGAGCAGCUGUGUUGGACAGUUUUGUGCUUCGAUAGCAGCAUUAUUGUUGCUGUGGAUGAACGGACUGUCCCUCGUGCAGAUGGCCCACUGCUCCGUCACCUACAGACACCAACCAGGAGAUCCAGUGUUGGUGGAUGAGACAGAAGCUGCAUCCUUCCUGUCCCGUUCACUGCUCUAUAACAGCUGGGACUUUGAGCUGGUUGUGCCUGGUGAUAUGGAGAGGGAGUGCAUGGAAGAGAUUUGCAACUACGAGGAAGCCAGAGAGAUUUUUGAGGACAAUGCGAAGACGGAAAAAUUUUGGAAAACGUACACCAAUCAAGGUAGUACAAACAGACUGGACGUGUCAGGUCUGGUGGCAGGGAUCCUGGCUGUACUAGUGUCUGCUGUAAUUGUCGCGGUGCUGGGAGUGUACUGUUACAAAGCCAAGAAAAAGGGUGCACGGAGGUCUGGCCGACCUCCAGUACAAAUUGCAGUAGAUGGGCAUACAUCAGCUCCGGAGAUGGUGCCCCUAGGUGGGAUCACUGUACCAGGUCUGCCUAGCUACAACGAUGCCCUGAAUCACAGUGGGCAGCACGAUGCUCCACCACCACCAUAUUCAGGGUAA